GGAGUAUUCAGUAUUGCUUUGAACAUCCGAAUAACCACUAAAAUAGCCGAGGACUGUAAAUUCAUCCAGCGGAGCUCGUCACACCCUAUCAGCUUUCAGAUUUCCCCACCUUUCACUGCCAUGGAUCCGCUAAUGCUCCUCCGCGAGUACACAAUCCGCAACGAACUCGAUCGGAUCUCUCGAGUCGGAGACGAGUUCCGAUUUGGGAACGACUACUCCUUCCCCGGCUCUAUAGAGACCGGCUACCGCUCGAAGCAGGGGAAUCGCUAUACUCUCGAAACCCUAGUCCACUUCAUUACUAACACCCAGGUCAAGCACACCGAUUACAUUCAGCAUGCCCGGUCGAAUCGGAUUCAUCCUGUCACUCUCCCAGACCGCAAGCCCCUCGUCGAUUACCUCACUGGGAAAAUAUCUUCUUCCGAUUCCAUCGAGUUCAUCAAGUACGACGCAGGUCCCGUUCCGGCGGUUCCUUCUAUAGCUGGAGCUGAGAAUUAUGGCAAUGCAUACGCUGAGGGUAACGAUAUGCCUGAUACCUGGGGUUUGGAUGGGCAAAACCCUAUGGAUAUGAUUCGGGCUAUCGAAAGGCCGUUGAAGGACCGUGAAUCAAUUUUGCUAUGUAGGAACCGAGAUUUCUAUACUGUUUUGACUGCAGCUGUGCGGAGGGACGAAGAGAGACAGAGGGAAGAGGCUUUGCAGAGGAAAGAUGGAUUGGUGGCGAAAAGUCGGUUGGAGAGAGGGAUUGGGUACGGAGGUGGCGAGGAUAUGGGGUAUGAUGGAGGUAUGAAGACUAAGAUGCAUUUUAAGGGGAGCAAGAUUGGGGAGGGGGUGCCUAUCAUUCUGGUUCCGAGUGCAUUUUCUACAUUGAUUACUAUAUACAAUGUGAAGGAGUUUUUGGAGGAUGGUGUGUAUAUUUCCACAGAUGCGAAGUUGAAGAAGAUGAAUGGUCAAAAGCCAGAAUGUGUGACCGUGCAGAAGAAGUUCAGUAGAGACAGGGUGGUCACAGCCUAUGAGGUCAGGGACAAGCCAUCCGCAUUAAAGGCUGAAGACUGGGAUCGAGUAGUUGCUGUUUUUGUGCUGGGGAAAGAAUGGCAGUUCAAAAGUUGGCCUUUUAAGGAUCAUGUAGAAAUCUUUAAUAAGAUUAUUGGUUUCUACUUGCGUUUCGAGGAUGACAGUGUCGAGUCUGCAAAAACUGUAAUGCAAUGGAACGUCAAGAUUAUUUCGAUUAGCAAGAACAAGCGACACCAGGACCGAGCAGCUGCUCUUGAGGUGUGGGACAAGCUUGAAGAAUUUAUGCGAUCUCGAUCACGUUGAUUUACUCGUUACACAUAACUUAUGGUAAAAGGCAUCAGAGCACUGGUGUCUACAUGAGACUCAUACGCUUAUAAAGGCUGUGAAAGACCUGCUCGAUGUGUAGUGCACGUAACAACAUCAAAAUAGUGAUAAAAACUUUAAAAGAACCAAAGAAUAUCCUUAUAGGAUGAUGGCCUCCAAAAUGAAAUCUAACCAGAGCCACUGUGUAGAUCUAAUCAUCUAACUGAUGAGAUAUUCAUGUUGGAACGUGAUUUCCUUGUGUUGUCUUCCUUGUAUCCUUAUUAUUCUUCAGUUAGUAAGUUCCCUUUACAGUCACAUAAUUUAUGUAUCGUUUUUGUUCUUUCAUUUUUCGUGUCACACAUUUCACACCAGUUUUGAUGCCCCCAUCAAACUCUUGGCCAUUUCUAAUAUUUUACUAGUCCCAGCUUUCCCGUUGGCUUAUAUUAAUAGCAUGUAAUUGUAGGGUCAUUAUGCCGGUAUACCUCUCCACAAGUCAUUAG